GUGUGUAAUAGUUUAAAUUAGUUAAUAAAAUAGAAUUGAAGUGAAGUAAUUAAAUUACUAGAAUAAAUAGUAUUUCAAGCCGGUAUUGCCAUCAACCACAAAUUAGAACACGGAUAUUAUAGACUUUCUUCAAUUUGUUGAAAAUCGUGAUUAUUUUUUAAACAAUUUCGACGUAUGGUAAAAGAGGGUAUGAAUUCGUACUUGUAUAUUGAUUAUGUCUGUACAUUAUAAGUUUAAAUCAUCACUUGACUAUGAUACCGUCACAUUUGAUGGACUUCAUAUUUCGGUUGGUGAUUUAAAAAAAGCUAUUAUACAACAAAAACGUAUUGGAAAGAAUACCGAUUUUGAUUUACAAGUGACAAACGCUCAAACUAAAGAAGUUUAUCAAGAUGAGAAUGCGUUAAUACCAAAAAAUACCUCAUUGAUUAUCGCACGAGUGCCUCUUGCCGCUCAAUCUAAUAAAGGACGUGCUUGGAAUGAGACAUCAGCAUCUGGUUUUCCACAACGUGGAAAUGAAGAUAGUAAUACACCCGCAAUAAAUAAAGCCGUUGAUUUAUCACGACUCGAUGCAUCCGAAGAGGAUAAAAUUCGGGCUAUGAUGACCCAAUCGACAUUAGAUUACGAUCCAAGCAAGUUUAAGAAUAAUUAUAUGAAAAUUCGAGGAGCUAAUCAAAUGGGCGAAGUUCCUGCUAAUUACCGAUGUUAUAAAUGUCAUCAACCUGGUCAUUGGAUUAAAAAUUGUCCACUUGGAUUAAGUCAGGAACCUGUUGAAAUUAAAAAGAGUACUGGCAUUCCUAGAAGUUUUAUGGUACCCGUUGAGGGUCCUAUGGUACCUGGUGCAAUGAUGACCCCAACUGGACAAUAUGCAGUACCUGCACUUGAUCAUCAAGCAUAUAAUAGUGAUGGCGGAGGACGGGGAGGUGCUGAAACUGAACAACAACGACCUGACAUACCUGAAGAUUUAGUAUGUAGUAUUUGUAAAGAUUUACUAACUGAUGCUGUUAUGAUACCUUGCUGCGGAAAUUCCUUUUGCGAUGAAUGUAUUCGUACAACAUUAUUAGAGUCUGAAGAUCAUGAAUGCCCUGAUUGUCAUGAAAAAGAUAUAUCACCAUGUACAUUAAUUCCAAACCGAUUUUUACGAAAUUCUGUAUCGAAUUUUAGAAAUGAGACUGGAUAUCGUAAACGGGUACAAUAUCGACAUGUGAUCCAAGCAAAAACUCAAGUUGAGAGUACAACGGAAGAGAAACAACAGAAAAUUGAAUUGCCAGAUUUUGUACCUCCGCCAGAUGAUUCAAAUGGCACCGCACAAAAAUUACAACAAGAUCAAAAACCAAUUAUAUCCGAGGCUGACAGUACUGAACAAUCUCUGAAACAAAAAUCUUUAAUGGGUAACGACCAUGCGACGAGAGUCAAAUCACGGGAAAAGGAUGAUGUUGCUAGGGUUGCAGUUGAUCCUACAAAAGCUGUUAAAACAGAUGUAACUGCAAAAAUACAUCGAGCUGAAGCACCAUCGUAUCCACAAGUAACUGUGAAUAUGAUGACGGGUGAAGUUCAACCGAAAGUAACAUCAUCACAGCCUGUACAAGAAUUAAAACAAACGGAUUUAUCAAGAUCGCAAUAUCGCCCCCCAGUAGCUGCUACCACAGCAGGACAUGCUCAACCAACAGCACCGCUACAACAACCCACAUUUGCGCAGAAUGAAGAACGUUCUGGAACACCAACAAUUGAUGAACAGCCUGGUGUUAGUGUACCUCCACCAACUGCUCCUGCAACAACACAUGCAAUACCUGCAUAUCCACCUGGCGAUACACCACCAUUUAUGUCACCACCUGAACAAAAUUUAGUACCUGGUGGCCAACCUCCUCCUGGUGUUGCACCAAACGUACGUCCACCAAUGUUACCACCACCUCAACAUUCAACAUAUCCACCUCCAGGUGGAUAUCCACCGCAACAAGGCCCACCACCAUAUUCACAACCAUAUCCGGGGCCACCGAAUGUCAGAAGACCUCCACCACCAGCAGGACCUGAUUUUAAUAAUCAUACAAGAGGGUAUUUACCAAGAAUGCCCUACGAUCAAGUACGUCCACCACCACAUGGCCCAUAUGAUGGAUCUAGACAACCGCCACCACAUUAUCAAUCUGGUUAUCCUCCACGACCUGGUGGUCCACCAAUCGGUCCACGGCCGCCUUAUGGACCACCACAUGUACGAAAUCCACCACCAGGAAUUAGACCCCCGCAUCAUCCAACUGGAGUUAUUGAUGAUCCUCUUGCCGCAUUCGAACGUAUGCUUCGUGAAAAAGAUGAACGAGAUAGACGUGUGCGUGAAUCACGCCGUUCUAGGAGUCGUAGUUACUCACCACGUAGUCGACGAACACGUAGUAGCAGUCGUAGCCGUAGUUAUUCACCACGUAGUCGAAGUCCUCGAUCACGUUCACCACCGCCACCGAAAAAGUUACGCAAUCGCUCAAGAACUCCACGUACUGUUUCACGUUCAAGAUCACGUUCCCGUGGUGGUCCCGUAUUGCGACGAUCACGUACACCUAGAUCACGUGCUCGGUCGUUCUCAAUUAGCAGAAAAACUUUCAGAUCACGGUCAUUUUCGAGAACACCUAGUCCCAGAGAGUAUUCACCACGACGAAGACCUGUAUCACGUGGACGCUAUCGUUCACCGCCGCCGAAAAAUACUCCACCAAGAUACAGGUAUCCUGAUAGACGUGGUAUGCCAAAUGAUCGCGAUCGUGGAUUCAAUCCACCGCCUAGAGAUCGUGAAUAUACUGGCUAUUAUGACAGUGGACAACCACCAAUGGAUUAUUUAGAUCGUGGUGAUCGCGCUAGAAUAAAUGAUCGUGAUAAAGAUUAUGAUCGUGAACCACGUGGAGGUCCAAUUGAUCAUCGUGGUGAUGGUCGCAAUCGACGUGGUGGUAUGGGCCCUGGACGUGGAGGACCUCGAGGAGGUGGUCGUUAUUUACCAUCUCCUAUGCGUAAAGAAUAUCCAUUGGUACCACAAAAUCAACCAACAUAUUAUUCGGUACAGGAGCAUGCAGUUUACCAUCACUCCAACAACCCGCCAAACAGAUUACCACCACCGGCCAGUGGAGGAGUAGGAGGCGGACCAACACCACCACAAUCAAGUCGAAUGGGAGGAGGACCAGGACCAUCAUAUCCUCCAGCGUUAAUGAGUGUUAAAACAGCAAUAUUACCACCAAGAGUUGAUAAUUAUGAACCGCCUGCUCCACCUGGUACAGAAGAACCAGUGGUACCAGGUUUCGAAUCACCUCGUUUAUUAUAUGAACGUCAAACUUCGAUCUCAGAUGCACCCCCGGGUGUUGAUCCUCAUGCUAGCGAUACAGUACUAACAAAACCAAUUAUUGAUCCAAAAGAACGUGGAGGUAAUAUACAUCGUGAUUUUCGAGAACCACGCGAUGAUACCCAACAUGAACCAAAGAAUAAUCGUAUGUACGAUUAUCGUGAAAGACGUAAAGGUACUGAAUACUUACGUGAAAAUUCACCAGAUGCCGUGCGUGACGGAUCUUCAAUACGUGAAAAACAUUCAAAAUCACCAGAUAAACAUAGUCAACAUCAUCGUCAUCGCCAUCGUUACGAUUCACAGGAGAAAGAUAACCGAGAUCGUAGGACUAUUGAAGAGAAAUCAAGUGAUAAAAAGAAUAAGGAUAAUAGCUCCGAAGAUGAUAAAGCUAAAAGUAAGAGUCGUGAAAAGAAGAAAAAACGUAAGGAAAAAGAGAAAGAGCGUGAAGCUGAAAAGCUUAAGAAAAAAGAAGAGAAAAAGAAACGUAAAGAACAAGAAAAAUUGGAAAAACUUAAAAAAUCUGAAGAGAAAAAACAACAAAGACUUGAACAUGAAAAUGCUGAACGUAAUGUGGAAAGGAGCGUUGAAAAAUCUGAACCAAAAAGUGAAGAUAACGAGGAGAAUAAAAAAUCUCUGGUUGAUUAUAAAAAACAACCGGACGAUUUGUAUAGUGAUGUUUUAACCGAUGGUAUUGAUACAAAAGUUGUACAAAAUUAUGGAAAAUUAAAAACUGAAAGUGAUAAAAAAGUAUCAUUAUCACCUCCUAGACAACCUUCAACACCUACACCAACAAAAGCUGAAAAAUCUGAUGAAACUGACGAGAAAGACACAUCUUUCGACGGAUUAGAUUUAUAUGUUAAUGAAAGUGAUAUAUUAAAAACGGAAAAUGAAGGGAAAUCAAAAUCAAAAGAGGUGUUAGCACCUCUACCGGCCUUAUCAAAAUGGGAAGUUGAAGAUGUUGAAUCCCAAAACGACAAAAAAGAUGUAGUAGAUGAUUCGACUUCCGUACCAGGAAGUAUUGAUAAGAAUACAUUUGAUAAAUCUUCAAAUAAAAUAGUCACAUCGGAAGUACUUAAACAUGCCGAAAAUGCAAUAUUUAAAAAGGCGAUAAAUGCAAUUCGACCUAUUGAAAUUAAAAAAAUUAGUUUGGAUCGGGCCAAAUUAUAUUCUGGUGAGAAAAAUCUUGAAAUUGCAGGUGGGCAAAUUAUGACGUCGUCAUCACCAACACGUUCAAUUGAAAAAGAAUCAAUUACCCCAGCUAAUAUUCAAGUGACAAUACCAACAAAUGAUGUAGAAAUGCGUUUAGUUGAUAUAAAUCCAAAUUCAUCUUCAGCAAGUGGGACGGGUGGAACUAGUUCAGAACAACAGCGUAGUAAUCGAUCUGAACGUGAAAUACCAUCGGCUGUACAGAAACCAAUUCCAACACGACUAUCAGUUCGUGAACGUCUUGGUUCAAAAGUCGAUGAAUUGGAUAAGUUAACAAAAGACGAUAAACAUUAUGAUCGUAAUCGAUCACGUACGCUAUCACCGUUAAGUAGACGUGAGCGUGAUGAAACGAACCGUAAUGUAUCCGAUACUAAUACCACACGACGUGUAGUUGAGGUAGAAGACCGUCGUCAUGGUAGUAGUCGGAAUCAUAAUUGGAAUGUUGGACGUAGUGAUCGGAAAAUUAGUUCUAGAAUGGAACGUAGUCGAAGUAGAGAAAGGAACUAUCGAGAUAAUCGUGGACGAAGCGAUACUAGACGGAUGCAACAGUAUAGGCGAGGUGAUGAUUCUCGUCGUGGUGACGAACGUGAUCGGCGUGAACAUCGUGACCAUGAACACUCUCAUUCACACUCUCGAAAUAUGAAAAAGCCUGAAAAACGUGUUGAAUCAUCAUCAUCACGUCGAGAUAAAUCCAAAGAAAAGGAAAGAAAGAGUUCAAAAUAUUCAAGAUCACGUAGUGGGAGUCGUGAACGCAAAAGUUCUGAGAAAUCACGUAGUAAAAAGAAGGAUAAAAAGCAUAAGAAAGAUAAAGAAAAAUCACGAAAACAUGGUAAGAAAGAUGAUGAUAGUGAUAAUCGAAAACAUAAUGACAAUGAUGAAGAAAAAGAAAAGAAAACCACUUCUGAAACAAAAGAAACAAAUCAAGGUGAAAAGAAAAUAACAGAACGUCGUAAACCAACGUUAGAUGAGGCUAAUUUUGAACCAGAUUAUGAUGCAUUAGAAUCAGAUUCAGAUAGUGACAAUGAGAAAAAUAAAUCAGAUAAAAAGCGUGAUCGAUCACGCUCACCUGAUAAUGAAACAUCAAAGAAAAAACGUAAAAUUGAUGAUGUAUCAAAGAAAUCGAAAAACAAAGAAGUGUUUACGUCAAGUUCAGAUAGUUCUUCAGAUAGUUCAAGCUCUGAAGAUGAGAAACCUAAAAAACGUCAUAAAAAACAUAAAAAACAUAGUAAAUCAAAGCGUGCGAGCAGUUCAAGUAGUUCAAAUAGUGGUUCAGAAUCUAGUUCAGAUGAAGAUGGUAAGAAACGUCGAAAUAAAUCGAAAAAACAUAAAAGUAGCAAGAAAUUAUUAAAAAAGAAAAAGAAAUCUAAACACAGGUAA